GAGAAAUCCCGAAAUCUGCCAAGGAGUUUGGUGGCUUCCGAAAGCUUCCAUGUCGGCAAAAAACAUCAAAUAACGCAAUUUGAUGGGCUGAAAAAUUCAAAUGUCCAGCUUGCAAAAGCUAAAGAUGACUUCCAAUGGCUAUGGAAAUUCAGGCUACGUCCAUUUCGAUAUAGAAAAUGCGAACUUAACCGAAGCGCAAGAUGAAAAGGUCGGCAUUGAAAAUUUCGAGCUUCUCCGGGUCCUUGGCACCGGGGCAUACGGCAAAGUGUUCUUGGCUCGAAAGCGAGGAGGGCACCAUGAUGGCCGAUUGUUUGCUAUGAAAGUAUUGAAAAAAGCUACUAUCGUGCAAAAAGCAAAAACAGCUGAACAUACUAGGACAGAAAGACAAGUUUUGGAAGCAGUCAGACGAUGUCCUUUCCUAGUGACUUUACACUGGGCUUUUCAAACAGAAGCAAAACUGCACUUAAUAAUGGAUUAUGUUAAUGGUGGGGAACUUUUCACACAUCUAUACCAAAGAGAAAAAUUUACUGAAGAUGAAGUUCGGCUGUACAUUGGAGAAAUAGUCGUCGCCUUAGAUCAUUUACACCAGCUUGGUAUAAUAUAUAGGGACAUUAAAUUGGAAAAUAUAUUACUGGACAAAGAUGGCCAUGUUGUUUUGACUGAUUUUGGUCUAAGUAAAGAGUUUGCAGCUCCUAACUCAGGAGAGAGAGCAUACUCGUUUUGUGGGACUAUUGAAUACAUGGCACCAGAAGUUGUCAAGGGAGGAAGCAGAGGACAUGAUAAGGCCGUGGACUGGUGGAGUCUUGGUGUUCUCAUGUAUGAACUUUUAACAGGGGCCUCUCCUUUCACCGUGGAUGGGGAGAAAAAUAGCCAAUCUGAGAUAUCAAAGCGUAUACUUCAUAAUAACCCACCUAUGCCACACGAUCUCUCAGCUGAAGCCAUUGAUCUUCUUCACAAGCUUCUGCAAAAGGACCCAAAAAAGCGACUUGGGGCUAAGGGAGCACAUGAGUUGAAGGCUCACCCCUUUUUUAAGGCAUUUGACUGGGCGGAUUUAGCAGAAAAAAGGAUACCUGCACCCUUCAAGCCUCGCAUCAGAGACGAGUUAGAUGUCAGCAAUUUUUCUGAAGAGUUCACAGAUAUGGCCCCAACAUACUCUCCUGCAGCAGUGCCUAAAACAGCUGAUAGAGUUUUUAGGGGUUACUCCUUUGUAGCACCUUCAAUAAUAUUUGGAGAAAAUGAGUUUAACCAGCAGCCUGUGCAAAGAAAAAAUGAAGUGAAUGCCGUUCCUGUGCAAAGACGCCCUGCACAAGGCCUUGUGGACUAUGCUUCUAUGUUUGAGGGUUCUCACUUUUUCCAGAAUUACAGAAUAACAAGUCAGGUUCUUGGAGAUGGGAGCUUCUCCACAUGUCGGCGCUGUGUUCAUUUGAGGUCAGGGCAGGAAUAUGCUGUGAAAAUUAUAAGUAGGAGAUGUGAUCACACAAGGGAAGUCCAAUCACUGAAAAUGUGUCAUGGCCACCCAAAUAUAGUCACCCUAUAUGAUGUUUAUCAGGACGAGUUUCACACAUACUUGGUAAUGGAGCUUUUGGCUGGUGGAGAACUCUUGGAGAGAAUUCGCAAAAAGAAGAUGUUCACAGAGUCUGCGGCAAGUGUUAUUAUGCGUAAGAUUGUCAGUGCUGUGGAAUUCAUGCACCAAAGAGGGGUGGUACAUAGAGACCUUAAACCAGAGAACCUGCUAUUUGUUGAUAAUUCUGAGGAUGCGGAGAUAAAGAUAGUGGAUUUUGGCUUUGCUUGCGUCAAGCCUGAGGCUCAGCAACUGCAGACACCAUGCUUUACGCUGUCAUAUGCCGCACCGGAAGUGCUCGACCAGACUGUCAGUAAUUCUGGCUAUGAUGAGUCAUGUGACCUGUGGAGUCUAGGAGUUAUACUAUACACCAUGCUGUCAGGCCAGGUCCCCUUCCAGAGCAGUGGUAGCUGGUACAAGUCCAGUACGGGCUUCGUCAUGCAGCGCAUCACCCAAGGAGAUGUCCGCUUUGACGGCCAGCAGUGGCAGUCAAUAUCGCCGCAAGCCAAGGAUCUCAUACAGGGCCUCUUAACGGUGGACCCCUCGCAAAGGCUCACGGUACAGGAAGUGCUACGGCACGACUGGCUGCGGGUCGAGACCAGUCUCCCUCACACCCCUCUCGUAACACCCGGAAUCUUGGAACGAGGAAAGAAACGGACUUACGUCGAGUCGGCUUUGAACGUCACAUACAACGCGUUCAACAAGGCACAGCGCCAGGGGUUCACCCUAAUGGACGUGGAAAACGCCCCCCUGGCCAAGCGCAGGAAGCUUAAGAAGACGACCUCCUCUGAUAGCUAUUCAACUACAAGUACAUGCAGUGACUUGAGUAAUCCAGGGGGGGUCUCGCCACCGUCCAAUAAUAGAUGACAGGGGGAGGGGGAUGAGGGCGGUUAAUGAAGCACGUUGAUUGCGCAUGUACGUAUGGUUGCUGGGCAACCUUACUCUGCCAAUAUUGCAUGAAAUAUGGAAACAUUCACCAAGCGCAAAGCAUCUUGGGUCUACUUGGUGUCAGUCUUUUAAGAAACCCAAGUAGAGGAAUUUUGUUCAGUCGGAAUAAGAAAUUAAUUGUUCUUACUUUGUAGAUAUUACUGGAAGAAUGAUUAGUAGGAGUAGUUUUGCGUCCGUCCGGAAUUCAAAAUUUUUGUCUUGUAUUGAAAUGGAGGAAUAGCGCCUUCCUCAAAGAUUGAUUACUUUCCACUAUUACCACACGAGGCAGGAAUUUUAAAAUCUGGGAGGACGAAAGACUAACUUUCGUCGGCAUUCGUUCGUCGCGUUUUUAAAUUGUCGGGAAGCAAGAACCUCCGGAACCCAGGGUACGAAACUACGAAUUCGGCUGUAAAAUCAUCUGGGAUUCAGUCGGAUUGGGAACUAUGGUAUAAUUUUACUGUGUCGUAGCGCUGGUGUCAGCAACAUAGAGGGCAUUAUGUACUCGAUAUGGCAAAACAAUAGAAAAACCCGUCAUGUUUUGGGAUGUUUUUAGCCCCCUUUUAAAGAACACUAAUUUUUUAAUUCCCGGGGGGAAAAAACUUUUAAAAUUUUAAAAAUUUCCCCUGGUCAACCCCUGCUAUUCCUAACCACAAAAGGUUAUUAGAUCGUAUUCUUUUAUCAUUAUUUCGUGUUGAUAUGUCGUAUACCUUUUGCGCAGGUUAAAAGAACGCUUUGAUCAUUUUGUAUAAGAAAACCCUUUAAAGUAUUUCGAAAUAUUUUGGAACCGACAAUAAGAUUGCUAUCGAUUUUAGUUUUUAUGUAGAAUUAAAUUGUAUUUCCAGAUAAUAUAGUUUAUGUAUAUAUUUUGUAUAAUAUGCUAUAGCGUGUAUUGUUGAUCAAUUAUAUAGGUAAGGUAUUGCACAUUGAAUUUUAAGUCUUCCAAUAAAUUAAUACCGUAAACGAU